AUCAAAAUCGAGCACGAGCAAGAGGUGUGGUGGUGGGAGUGGUGAGAACGAAACAAUCCCCUCGUACAACACAGAAAAGAAAACACAAACACAGUACCCGAUAAGAAACAUGAUGAAAAAGAAGCAACAACAAAAAACAAAGAUUAAUACUUAUAUUGAAUAACUGCUUAUUCUGUAAUUAUAAUAAAAAAAAAUAGUCGCGAGUCGAACAAAUCUGAGUUCGUAGCGUAUUCGUUCCGCUGGCCGAAAUUAAAUGACGAAGAAUUAAAGAAGCUAAUCGACACACUAACAAAAAUGACUAAAAAGUUCGUCGCUUGCUGUCGAAUUGAAGUCGUUGAAGUCUCCCAUUUCGAGCAGAACAGAGUCGAGCAAGAUUUGCUGCAUGGGCAAGCAGCAGGUGCGGCUGACAGUUCGGGUGAAGCAGAAACGUCAAACCGCGGCGUUUGGCGCACUGUAAACAAAACAACGGACCGGCUUUUCCCGUGAGCACAGCGAUGGAAUGGUAAACUUUCACGAAAUUCUCAAAACCUUCUACACGCUAGGGUGCGAAGAUGAUGCGCUCUGUUACGGUGCUUGCCGUGUUUACAUUCAUCUGCAAGAAGAAAAACACAUGCACGAUGUGCAGUACACGUACGAGAAGCAGCUGCAACUGUUCUACCUAACAGCGAGGAAGGAACCGGAUGGCCCGAUCGACCUGUUCAUUCCUUCGUUGACGAUAAAUGCAUUGAAUUUGGUGCAGCUGAAGCAGUGCAGAGAGACGAUCACCCUGCCCGAUGGUCAAAAGCCGGCGAGUAUCGUGUUGGCGAUCUGUGAUGGUAGUUCAACGGUGCUUCUUUACCGGAUGACGCUAGGAUUGAAAGAAAUCGCUCAAAAGUUGCCAUCGAAGGGUAAACUGCUACGAAUGAGGACGGGGACGGGCUGUGAGCAGGCACCAAAAUGAAAUAGAACGGUCUUCGUUUUGAAUGCACGACACAGCGCUUUGCAAGCAAAACAGCUGAUUGUAUAGCAGGGCUGUCAAACCUAGGUUUGAAUGUGUUAUGCGUUUUCAUGACAAAGAUAAAAUAAAAAAUACCUCAUCUCACAAAAACAA